UCGUCGACAAGGCAAACCUUGCGACGUAGCAGAAAGCAGUCGUACCAUAACCAAAACAAAGGUUGUCAGGCGGUGUGUUUUCAUCGAAGACGUUUCACAAUUGUGGCUGCUAGUAUUGCAUGCAGCUCAAAAGCAAACGUGGCAAUGUCAACUUUCAUGACAGGAUAGUUGAUGUAAUCAUUCGACAGUUGAAAAAAAAGGUCUUUCUCUGCUAAUAUCUUAUGUACUUGAACAUCAUAACCAUGUUUAGUUUACCUAUUUCUUAUUCCCUUUAUCUUUGUGAAAGAGUACUCAACCUUUUGACUGGAGAAGAUGAUCUUUGGGAUAUGUUUAUCACAUCCAUUCAUUUAUUAUGUGUCUCCAUUUGCUUCUUUCUUUGUCGAUUCAUUUACCUUGUAAUCAAGACCUCUAAUAAUGUUGUAAAAAUACUUCCCAAACAAUCAAAAGAUAAGGCGAUGAGCACAAUGAUUGUCAUAGGCUCAGGAGGACACACAACAGAAAUGCUUCGACUUGUAAAAGUAAUGACACCCAGUUUGUAUUGCCCUCGAACUUAUGUCAUGGCAUCUACAGAUACUACAAGUGAGUUUAAGGUUCAUGUUCUAGAGGAACAUCUUGCUACCAAAGCAAGUAGAAAAUAUCGCAAAUAUUCUAUAUUUAAGAUCCCUCGUAGCAGGCAUGUUGGUCAAUCAUUUUUCACAUCAGCCUUUUCUACUAUCUAUUCGUUUUUGAAAUGUGUGCCAAUGAUGUUAUACCAUAGACCUGAAUUGGUUCUGUGUAAUGGACCUGGUACCUGUGUUCCCAUAUGCAUUCUGGCAUUUUUACUACGAACUUUGUUCCUUAGCAACACAAUUAUUAUAUUUAUCGAGAGUGUUUGUAGGGUAGAAAGUCUGUCAAUGACAGGUAAAAUUUUAUACUACUUUGCUGAUGUGUUUCUUGUGCAAUGGCCAGACCUGGAGCAGAAGUAUAGUAGAGUGGCUUAUGUGGGCAGAGUUUAGUCUUCUCAUUUCUCAUUAGCAAGCAAGUCUUAGCUAUAGUAUUUUUGUACGCUCAAUUAUGUUUCAUAUUCAAUCUGUAAGUGACGUGUCUUGAGUAUCUUUUGUGAUUUAGGUUUCCUUGUCAAUCAGCUCCUAGUCACUUGUUUUAAGUAUCCAUUCAGCUCAAUUGAGAAGAUUGAUUGAUCAGAAAUAGUCUAAUACGUAACUAUCGCUGCUGUAAUAUUUAUUCUUAACUUGCAGCAAAUAACUUUCCUUAUUGGGACAGGUAUGGAAAUGAUUGUGACUAUUAUUAGAUUACCAAAGACAAAUAUUAUUUCUAUUUUAGUGUGAUUUUUGUAUCAAUUUAAUUUUAAGUGUUUCUACUCUUUUAUAUAUUUCAAGUCCAAAAUUGUGAUUGUAGUUAGCUUUCUAAAGAUUUUCAUUUGAAUCAUAUGUUAAGAGAAAAAGUGUUUGGAUGUCAUUGCAUUAAGAUUUGUGUUAGUCUCUAUUCAAACUCAUAUCAUGUCUGAUUUGUGAUGUCUUUUGGUAAGUGUUUCAUUAAGAAACUCAGUAUAGUGGAUAGUGGCAGUUAAUAAUAUGCAAGUGAAUAUUAAAAAAAACACUGUUUUAGAAAUCUUUCUUAAUUAUUUAAUUUGUAUAUUUUAUAUCAUAAACAUAUGAUAACUUUUAGGGGAAGGAGGUUUUGGCUAUGACCAAAUAUGAGGAAAAAUAUAGAUGACUAUGAAAUGAAUGUACAGAUCUUUAGAUUUAAAACAAAUUAAACAAUUACCUUCUCCACACUCUCUGCAGCGUGAUGAAAAUAAA